UCGCGCUCAUCUUCAGUCAGUCCACUACGCGCUCGCUCACUAUCCGCGAGAGUCAGCAGCAGCCACUUAGAGACUUUCUCUAAAAAAUUGCCUUAUUCAGAGAAGGAAAACGACAAGACUUCUGACAUCUCUUGUGUCUUUUGAAGGGGGUCACAUACAACUAUCCAAAGCGACAUGUGGAUUUACAAAAUUUUGCUCUGUGUGGCCGUUUUGGUUUACUCAGAAACGAAAAGGCAUGCCCUGCAAGAUUACCAGAAGACGGAUGCUGUGCGCCUGGUCACAGCACCUGAUGUGUCCUACAUGUCCAAAGGCCGCAAGAUGAGUUUGGGAAAGUGUGCACGCCGCUGUAGCCGCAACAGGAAGCUUCAGUUCAUCUGCAGAGCAUUCAACUUUGAUCAGAAAACUGCAAAGUGUCAUUUACUCUCCUAUGACAGCCUCACCAUCAGUGUCCAUAUGGAGAAUGACUUCAACUUUGAUCUAUAUGAGAAGAAAGACUUCAUGAGAGAAUGCAUCAUUGGUAAUGGAUUCAACUACAAAGGAAAGAGAUCGGUGACCAAGGGUGGAGUCCAGUGCCAACUCUGGAAUACCCAAAAGCCGCAUGAACACAAUUUCUUACCUCUGAGGCACAAGCACAGAGAUCUACGGGAGAAUUUAUGUCGUAAUCCAGACAACACCACAACAGGUCCUUGGUGCUAUACCACAGACCCCAAAAUACGGGACCAGGACUGCAGCAUCCCACAAUGCUCGGAAGUGGAAUGUAUGACGUGUAAUGGAGAAAGUUACCGUGGACCAUUGGACCACACAGAGAGCGGCCGGGAAUGCCAGCGCUGGGACCUUGAUGAACCACAUAAACACCUUUUCCACCCUAAAAGAUACCCCGAUAAAGGUCUAAAGGACAACUACUGCAGGAACCCAGACGGGCGCCAGAGACCCUGGUGUUUCACCACUGAUCCAAGCACUCCAUGGGAGUACUGUAACAUCGAACAGUGCGAUUCAGACAUCGGCGGUCACACUGACAACACAACAACUUGUUUACAUGGGCGUGGAGAGGGUUAUCGUGGAACGGUUGGCAUCACCCACGAGGGAGUGACCUGUCAGAGAUGGGAUACCCAGUUUCCCCAUCGACACUUUUAUACGCCACAGAAUUACCGUUGCAAGGAUCUCCGGGAGAACUACUGUAGGAAUCCUGAUGGUCGUCAUCUUCCAUGGUGCUUCACGACUGACCCCAAUGUACCUAUGGCAUUCUGCACCAACAUCCCUCGCUGUGGCAUACCACUAUCUGAACCUGAAGAGUGUUAUAUGGACAUUGGUGACACAUACAAUGGAAAACGGGCAAAAACACGCUCUGGCCUCCCUUGUGCUCCAUGGAAAGACCACAGUGAAAGUAGUGAAAGAGAUGCGGACUUGCUGAUGGCUGAACAUGCGGGGAACUUCUGCAGAAACCCGGACAAGGACAAACAUGGCCCGUGGUGUUAUACCAACAGCUCAUUCAUCCCCUGGGAUUACUGCUCGCUCAAACCCUGUGAGCCCUCACAUAACAAUCUACCACCAAAAGAUGAGGGUACAAAGACCUCAUGUUUUGUUCACAAGCAGGUGAGAAUCGUCGGUGGUGGGCCUGUCCGGAUUAAAGAAGGCAGCUGGAUAGUCAGCAUACAGAGAGGGAGCACUCACUGGUGCGGAGGUUCUCUGGUCAGGGAGGAGUGGGUGCUGACAGACAGACAGUGCUUCUCGUCAUGUGUGCCUGACCUAUCAGAGUACAGAGUUUGGCUUGGUAUAUCCCAUUUGAACGAGUCGGGUGAGAAUGACUUCCACAGACAGGAGAGGAGAAUCUCACACGUCAUCUGUGGCCCGGAAGGCUCUAGUCUCGCCCUGCUCCGACUGGCUCAACCUGCACUCCCAAGAGAGCAUGUCAGAAUUAUUCAGCUGCCUGUGGCAGACUGCAGAAUUCAGGAGGACACCAUAUGCUCUGUGUACGGCUGGGGUGAGACCAAAGGCACUGGACAUGAGGGAACGUUGAAAAGAGUUCAUCUGCCCAUAGUGAGCAAUGGACGAUGCCAUCAGCUUCACAAAGGGAAAAUUCCAAUCAACAGUUCAAAACUGUGUGCUGGUGGCAAGAGAGAUGAAGGAGUGUGCGAGAAAGACUAUGGCGGCCCUCUAGUAUGCCAAGAGAGUAACAGUAAAGUCAUUGUCGGCGUGAGCAUAAAUGGCAGAGGAUGUGCCCUACACAACCGGCCGGCCGUUUUCGUGAACGUGGCCUUCUAUACUGGAUGGAUUCAUAAAGUGUUCAGAAAUUAUCCAAACUCAGAAGUAAACAACUGAUGGAGAACAAGCAGGAUUGAGCAUACAAUUUGAGAAUAAAAUUUCCGAAUCUCCAUAAAUCUGACAGGUUAUUUCUUGAUUUAAGAGUCGCCUGAACAGCUCUUUUUGAAAAAGCUUGGCCGAGAAACAUAUAUUCAAAAACUACUCAAAGAGCUAGAACUGCGGCUGGAACUGUUGCUCUGAAUUUAAGCAAUUUGUUCACCUAAUAAUGCCAGAACCGCAGAGAGCUAGGAGGCGCUAGGAGACAGAGUCUCAAAGGCUAAAUUCACAACUAGCCAUAUGGAAAUAUAAAGACUACUGGACCGAAGUGCGGACGAGCAGCCAGAAUCUGUUUCAAGAAUCAAUAGCAAUUCCUGGCCACCAACCAAAAACCUCAAGUCCUCGAAGAGAAAUCUUGCUGCAGUGCGCUACAAAGCUUUCGUAUGUACAUUCAACCCACACAUUACCCAUCAAACUAACAAUCUGGACUUCAGUUGGGAUAUUGGAUUCAGAGACCUAACCCAAGUUUGAGUCUGGAUUCAGACCAGGACUUGAUAUAUGGAUACAAAUUCUCAGAUCCCAACAGGAAUCUGCCGUUCCCUCCUUUAGAAGUGUUCAAAGCUGACCGACGUACACAUUUCGGCCACUCCUCAUAGAGAAAGAGGGCUGUUAUGAUUACAAGUGCUUGUUGAUAUAAAACGAUCAUUAACAGUGUCAUUCAAAAAGCCCCUCAAUAAAGUAUUAGCUGUUAGCUGUUAGCUAAAUGUAGAACAUCUUAUGGGUAAAAGUAUACACGGAAGGCUUUUUUGCGUUUGUGCUCCUGAUUAUACUUGAAAACACACAUGAGAGAGGUCACUGUGUCCCUCAAUAACACUUCCUCGUGUCGCCAUUACAGAUUGUUGUUUGGUCAGUGUAGGUGUUUAUAUAGUCAGAGGUGUUCCAUCCAUUUCUAGUGUUGAUAUUUUGUCCGCAAGCCUGAACGGAGAUGACAUGACCUGCUUGAAGUGACAUGCAGCAAAAAAGUCGUAGUUGUCAUAACAUAUCAGCAUCAGAGGUUCCCAUACACUCUGUUUGGUUUAGAGCGGAAUUCAGAGGAGGAUUUGAAAAUGUGUGUUGUAAAUACUGUGGUCAUGGGAGUGGGGUAAUCACUCCCAGUUCUUUCGUAGGUCUCAUAGACCUUUAUAAGAGGUUGGCCUCCUCCAUUCCAGUGUCCUCAUUGGGUGGUUUUAUAUAUUUGUAAAUAUAUCUGUAUUAAUUUCAAAUGCACAUUUUGUCAGUUGUGAAACUCAAGAACAGGUGUGAUAUUUUAUGUUCAUGCACAUGUGUAUGCGAGUAUGUGUAAUGCUGCAAAGAUGCAUUGAGGCCGAAAAGUGCAUCUCUGCAGGACAGAGAGCAAAACGAGCACACAUCUUGUGUUCUUGUAGACAUCGGAAUAAAGGGGAAAUUUACCGAUUAAUUUAGCUGUUUUUCAGAUCAGAGCCGGUGUAGGAUAAAUCUGAGUGAUUUUCUUUCUUGUGUGGUCUUGGAUUGCUCAUUCCGUGAGCAUCUCGUUCCCUCGCGCUGGCCUGCCUCCAAAAACAAUCAGCUUGGGAAAUUACCCCAAAAAAUCAUGUCGGCUUAAACAAAUAGCUCUCUGAGUGAUGGUUCAUAAGUGUUUGUAUUCCAACCACUCCCGAUGCUAAUUAUGUUGGUUAAAAUGAAGGAUGAGUUUAAUUUGUAAGAGUCCUAAGGCACAAGUCCUAUGUAAGGACGUUGUUGAACACAUUGAGAUUAGUGUUACUAAAGCACAAGACAAGGCAAAAGAUCCCUUCAGUGUUACCUCAUUUGGCUUUAACAUUUAUCAAAACAAAUGUUUUCGUGUAGUAGAGUUUUUUUUUUUACUUUAGAACAAUAUGAAACCUGUGUUUGAGGAAACCUAGAAGCUGCUGGAUGAUGAAGCGGCUUGUUCUGAACUUUUUGAGGAAGACUCGCUGAGGAACAAAUUCAGUAUUUGGUGCGAAAACCUGCAUCGCAUUCCAUAACCAUAAUCCAAUUGAACCAGCUGAUAAAGGCAUUGUCAUUAUUUUCAGUGCAAACAUACCUCCUUUAUGGAUAUGCAUAUUAGGCUAAUUAUGGAGUGUGUAUUAUUCACAAAACCCACCGAUAUUUGCCUGCUGCAAUUAAUGUCCCGGUACUGCAGUUAAAUGACAUUUCAUUUUCAAGAGCUGUACAUUAUCUUUAGAACAUGGCAGUACAUGGUUUGCACUGUUUCUUCAUUUACAUAAUGUCUUUUUGAAUCAUGAGCUAAAACUUGUAA